GUGUGUCAGCCCAGUCCUUCCUCCACUGCUUCACAUUGGCCAGUGCUGCCUUCAACCUGCAGGUGGCCACCCCUGGAGGAAAGGCCAUGGACUUUGUGGACGUGUCUGAGAGCAGUGCACGCUGGGUUCAAGACUUCCGCCUCAAGGCCUAUGCCAGCCCUGCCAAGCUGGAGUCUAUUGAUGGUGCCCGCUACCAUGCUCUUCUGAUCCCCAGCUGUCCUGGUGCCCUGGCUGACCUGGCCAACAGUGGGUCCCUGGCCCGCAUCCUGCAGCACUUCCGGUCUGAGAGCAAGCCCAUCUGCGCCAUUGGCCACGGUGUCGCUGCUCUGUGCUGUGCCACAAGCGAGGGCAGAUCCUGGGUGUUCCACGGAUAUAGCCUGACAGGGCCCUCCGUGUAUGAGCUUGUCAGGGCCCCUGGCUUCGCCCGGCUGCCGCUGGUCGUGGAGGACUUCGUGAAGGACUCGGGUGCUGGCUUCAGUGCCAGCGAGCCUGAUGCCGUGCAUGUUGUGCUGGACCGCCACCUGGUCACCGGGCAGAAUGCCAACUCCACUGUCGCUGCUGUACAGAACUUGCUGUUCCUCUGUGGCAGCCGGUGAGGCUUGGGAGACCCGGGCUGGAGCUGCCCUGUGACCACUCCUCUGUGCACUGCUGAGCCUUGACCAUGUGUCCAUCCUGCAGGAAAUAAGUCACCAGUGGACACUGCCCCUUAUGAUGUGGCCCAGUGUCCUCAGAGGCAGCUAGACUCACUGGCUCCAAGGAUUCUAUUGUUCCCCACCUGACAAAGGGCCCUCGGUGGGGCCGUGUCCUGGACUUGUGUGGGAAUCAGCCCAAGGGUUGUGUCUGCUUUCUGGAGAGCACAUGCCUUCCUGGCCCCUUGGCUCCCAGCUGUCUCCUGUGGUGUCUUAGCGAUGACCCUGAGUGCUGGUGGCCAGUGAGUCCUGAGAAUUCUUGCAUUCAUUCGUGGAGCAAAAGCAACUGGGUGUC